AUGGCGAAGAAACGCGUCCCCGAUUGGCUCAACAGUCCUAUCUGGACCUCCCCCUCCGACCACCACCGCUUUUCCGCCUUUCUUGACCCACCGGAACCUCCCUCUCCACCCCCUGUCACCAUUCAACAAGAUCCUCCCUCAACCAAUCACAAUGGCAUUGUUACUUCGUCUCACUCUUCUUCUUCAUCCAACGCUUCUACUUCCUCCGCCGAUGAUAUGUCCGUAUCUCGCCGGGCCCAGUGCCAGGCCCAAUUGUUAACCGAGUUAUCUAGGAAGGUCAUAGAUAUGCGGGAAUUGAGGACAAUUGCUUCUCAAGGGAUACCCGAUGUGCCUGGUUUACGUUCUACUGUCUGGAAGCUUCUGCUAGGGUAUAUACCACCUGAUCAUGCCCUCUGGUCCACUGAAUUAGCAAAGAAGAGGUCACAAUACAAACGUUUCAAACAAGAUAUUCUUAUCAAUCCUUCAGAAAUCACGAGGAGGAUGUGGGACUCUGCUAAUUAUGAUGCUGACGAUGUCAAAUGUGAGACCAGGUGCAUGCUUUCUAGAUCACAAGUCCCUCACGGGGAACAUCCUUUGAGCCUUGGCAAGACCAGCAUUUGGAAUCAGUUUUUCCAGGAUACCGGUAUCAUGGAGCAGAUUGACCGUGAUGUGAAGCGUACUCAUCCAGAUAUGCACUUCUUCUGUGGUGAUUCUCAAUUAGCAAAAUCUAAUCAGGAGGCCUUAAAGAACAUAUUAAUUAUUUUUGCAAAGUUGAACCCAGGUAUUAGAUAUGUUCAAGGGAUGCAUGAAGUAUUGGCUCCUUUAUUCUAUGUGUUCAGAAAUGAUCCGGACGAGGAAAAUGCAGCCUUUUCUGAAGCCGACACAUUCUUUUGUUUUGUUGAAGUAAUGAGUGGAUUUCGAGAUAAUUUUUGUCAACAGCUUGACAAUAGUGUUGUUGGAAUUCGUUCGACUAUAACUAGAUUGUCUCAUCUUUUGAAAGAACACGAUGAAGAACUAUGGCGUCAUCUUGAGGUCACGACCAAAGUCAACCCCCAAUUUUAUGCAUUUAGGUGGAUUACUCUCCUCUUGACUCAGGAGUUCAAUUUUUCUGAGAUCCUUUGGAUUUGGGACUCCCUUUUAAGUGAUCCCAAUGGUCUACAGGAGACACUUCUCCGGAUAUGCUGUGCAAUGCUAAUUCUCGUUCGGAGGCGCCUCCUUGCGGGUGAUUUCACUUCUAAUCUCAAAUUGUUGCAAAGUUAUCCUUCUACAAACAUUAGUCAUUUGCUCCAUGUUGCCAAUAAGUUACGUGUACAGUCAGUGUAA